CGCCCCGCGCGCGCCCCGAGAGGCGUGGCCUGAGGCCGCCAGGGCUUGGGGCCGGUUCCGCUUCCGGGGUCGCCCGGUCCCUCUUCCACUUCCGGCCUCGCCCUGCAGCGGCCCUGUUCCUGCUCGGGCCGGUCCUGGGAUGGCUCCGCGGCUGCAGCUGGAGAAGGCGGCCUGGCGCUGGACGGAGACGGUGCCGCCCGAAGCCGUCACGCAGGAGCACAUCGAGGCGGCCUACCGGAUCGGGCUGGAGCCCUGCCAGCGGGGCGCCUGCCGGAGAAAUUGCAGAGGGAACCCCAAUUGCCUGGUGGGGAUCGGAGAGCACGUUUGGCUGGGAGAGAUCGAUGAGAACACCUUUCACAACAUCGACGAUCCCAACUUUGAGAGGAGAAAAAAGAAUGCCUUCGUAGGCCUCACCAACCUGGGGGCCACUUGCUACGUCAACACUUUCCUACAGAUGUGGUUCCUGAAUCUGGAGCUCCGGCAGGCCCUGUAUCUGUGUCCAGUGGCCCGCCCUGAAUAUGUCACGGCGGAGAGCAAAGAUUACGAACCUCAGACUAUUUGCGAGCACCUCCAGUACUUGUUUGCCUUGCUCCAGAACAGCAAAAGGCGAUAUAUUGACCCAUCGGGGUUUGUGAAAGCACUGGGCUUGGACACAGGCCAGCAACAGGACGCUCAGGAGUUUUCCAAGCUGUUCAUGUCCCUGCUGGAGGACACCCUGUCUUCUCAGAAAAACCCGGACGUGUGCGACAUCGUCCAGAAGCAGUUCUGCGGAGAGUACGCCUACGUCACCGUGUGCAACCAGUGUGGCCGAGAGUCCAAACUCAUCUCCAAGUUUUACGAGCUCGAGUUAAACAUCCAGGGCCACAAGCAGCUGUCGGACUGCAUCACCGAGUUCCUAAAGGAAGAGAAGCUGGAAGGGGACAACCGCUACUUCUGCGAAACCUGUCAGAGCAAGCAGAACGCCACCAGGAGGAUCCGCCUGCUCAGCCUGCCUUGCACCCUCAACCUCCAGCUCAUGCGCUUCGUGUUCGAUAGGCAAACGGGGCACAAGAAGAAGCUGAACGCUUACAUCGAGUUCUCCGAGCUGCUGGACCUGGAACCCUUCAUGGAAGACAAAGCCAGUGUCUUCGUCUACGAGCUGAGUGCGAUCCUCAUCCACCGAGGGGUGAGCGCCUACUCGGGCCACUACAUCGCCCACGUGAAGGACCCCCAGACGGGGGAGUGGUACAGAUUUAACGACGAAGAGAUUGAGAAGAUGGAAGGCAGGAAGCUGCAGCUGGGGGCGGAAGAGGAACUGGAACCCUCUAAAUCUCAGUCUCGAAGGCCCAAGUGCGGGAAGGGGAUUUACCGCUCCCGAAACGCCUACAUGUUGGUGUACAGGUUGCAGUCGCGGGAGAAGUCCCUGGCUGUUGAGAUCCCAGCUUUCCUACAGGAGCUGGUGGAACACGACAACAGCAGGUUUGAGGAGUGGUGCCAGGAAAUGGCCGAGAUGCGGAAGCAAAGCGUGGCGCGGGGCCUGGUCAAGCACGAAGAGGUGAAGGAGCUCUACCAGAAGUUGCCUGCCGAAGCUGGCUGCCCCUACGACUUUGUCUCCCUGGAAUGGCUGCAGCAGUGGCUGGACGAAUCCACGCCCCCCAAAGCCAUCGACAACACGGCCUGCUUGUGCUCCCACGGCAAGCUGCACCCCGAUAAGAUCCCCACCGUCAAGCGGGUCUCGGAGGACGUGGCCGACUACUUCUACAAGCGAUACGGGGGAGGACCCCGGCUGACAGGGAAAGCCCUCUGCAAGGACUGCGUGGUGGAGAGGUGCCGGGUGCUGCGGCUGAAGAACCGGCUGAGCGAGGACUACAAGGCCGUCUGCAAUCUCCUCAAAGCCGUGGUCAAGGGGAGUGAUGGGUUUUGGGUAGGGAAGUCCUCCCUGCGGAGCUGGCGCCAGCUGGCCCUGGAGCAGCUGGACGACUCGGAUGAAGAAGCCGAGCCGAGCAACGGCAAGAUGAACGGCGACGCCAAGGAGAGAGAAGAGCCCAGUGUGGAGAAACGAGAGGAAGAGGAGCUGAAGUUCAACGAAGACAUUGUGUGCCCCCACGGCAACCUUUGCAUCUUGGAGAACGAGAGGCGCGUGGUCUGCAGGGAAGCCUGGGAGAAGCUGCAGCGCUACUUCCGCAACGCCCCGGAGUUCCCCAGCGGCAGAGACUCCUGCUUGCAGUGCAAGAUCCUGGAGCGGGAAGGGGAAGAGAACGAAGCCCUCCACAAGAUGAUGGCCAACGAGCAGAAGGCCAGCCUGCCCCACCUCUUCCAGGACAAGAGCCGGCCCUGCCUCAGCACCUGGCCUGAGGAGGUGGGAGAGCUCUACGUGGUCUCCAGGUUCUUUGUGGAGGAAUGGCGGAAGUUUGUGAGGAGGCCCACCCGAUGCAGCCCCGUCUCUUCCGUUGGAAACCGGGAACUGCUCUGCCCCCACGGAGGGCUGAUGUUCACCGUUGCGUCCAUGACCAAAGAAGACUCUAAACUUGUAGCUCUGAUAUGGCCCGACGAAUGGGAGAAGAUCCGAAAGCUUUUCGUGGUGGAUCACGCCAUCCGGGUGAUCCGGAGGGAGGCCCCCGAGGAGAGCGCCGAGCGCCUGCUGUACAUGACCGAGCCUGAGCUGUGCCUGGACUGCCGAGAAGGGCUGUUGUACCAGCAGCAGAGAGACCUGCGGGAAUACACCCAGGCCACCAUCUACGUGCGCAAAGUGGUGGAUGACAAGAAGGUCAUGAAGGAGGCUGCUCCGGAGCUGAACGUGAGCAGUUCGGAGGCCGAAGAAGAGCGGGAGGAGGCCAGGGCGGAAGGGGAGCACGAUCCGGAUUUCAACCAGGCGAACAGCAACGCCAAGCGGCAGAAGGUCUCCCACCCCAACUCUGUGGUCUGCCAGAAGCAGGGCAUCCGGCGCAGCACUCGGCACAGGAGAAUCCGGGGGGAGAAGGCCCUCCUCGUCUCCGCUAACCAGACCCUGAAGGAUCUGAAGAUCCAGAUCAUGCACGCUUUCUCCGUGGCUCCCUUCGACCAGAACCUCUCCAUCGACGGGACGGUGCUGUCCGACGACGUGGCCACGCUGGGCAGCCUGGGGGUCACGCCCGAGUCCGUGGUCUUGCUGAAGGCCGACGAGCCCAUUGUGGACUACGCGGCCAUAGAUGACGUUAUGCAAGUCUGCAUUCCGGAGGAAGGCUUUAAAGGGACGGGUCUCCUCGGCCACUAACGUUCGCUCUUUGGCCAGACGGCCACCCACCCCUCCAAUAGCCUGGAUGAGAAAGCUUUUGGGCCCUCCGGGAACAGCGAACUGAAAGAGCUUCAGCCCCUCGGAGGGACCCCCGUUCAGCCCGGCCGCCCCAGAGGCCUCAUCUCGGUGCACACCUGGGGGGAAAGAGAGAGAGAGAGAGAGGACUCCUAGAGGGGAGCCCCCCACUUUGGGGUCCCUCUCGGAACAGAUUAUUCACUUUUACGAGCGGAGGAGGUGCAAAAACCAACGCUGGCGGGCCAGGACUUCCUGGGACGAUGGGAGGAAGCACGGGGGUCCUUGAGAGAGAGACUUACAGCCGGCAGGAGGGCAGAGCAGCGGACCCUCUUUUUGGACCCUUUUCUUGAGCAUCGCUUCUCCCUUUGGGGGCUGCCCAGGCAGCCCCCCGACCCCAAACCUGGGGCGUUCCCGUAGGACAGCUGGGGCCUCUGACUGAGGAGGGGCUGAUGGGCUCCAGAACUUUGCAGCCGCUUCCCCAGUUCCUUUCAGCCCCAAAGCAACAGAGGUCCGGGUUCCUGGGGGGGGGGCUUUUUAC